AUGAGUCUCAUUGUCAGAUAAAGAGUAGGCAUGCAUGAUGAGUCCAUAACUCACUCUAUCUUAUCUAAGGAUAUUAAAAAAAAAAGUAAGUCUCAUUUUAAACUUAGAAAACUAAACAAGAAAACGUCAACCAAUUAAACAACUUGUGUGUUUAGUAUCAAUACCUAAACCAUUUAAAGAACAUGUCUACAUUAAAUCAAAUGUUGAACUUAAAUUGGCUCUUUCAUACAUUCCUGACCACUGUUUAGGAGGUUUAAAAGAAACUCCAUGUACUUACAAUUAUAGAGUCUCACGUACCGACCAAUUGGAUGACGUCUAUUUUUAUACUCUCGAAUUACUUGAUCAAGCCAAUCAUUCAAUCGAUUAGAUAACCAAUUUGUUAUUUAACUAAUCAGAUCCACAUGCCCAAUUAGCUGCUAAACUAGUAAAAGAACGUCAUUAAAUAUUGAAUGAUUUCACUGAAUAGCCAUACAUUUCCAAUGAAGAUCUACUUAAUGUCGAAUAAAUUGCUCAAAAUUAUCCUUAUCAAUGUACAAUCCAAAAAGUGAACAAAGAUUCUAGUUCACUUUCAUAAAGAAUUGUUAACGAAUAAUUUUAUACUUUAAUGGGAGUAAGUAGAGACAUGAUGCUUAAUCAUUUACAUGAAACUAAGACUCUCCCAUCUAUUUUUGAUCUAGGACCAUCUCUCAAAAUUUGGUGUGAUUUAUCAGCUAAUUCCAUUUAAUCUGCUCGCACUUUUGAAACCCCAAUUAAUACAUAUGAAGGAACCUAAUAUAAAUGUGUAGUCGAAUAAAGGUAGAUGUUUAAAAGAACACAAGUUAAUCCAAAUUAAAUUGUGUUUAUUGAAUUUUGGCUCUUUAAAGUAGAAGAACCUUUAAAAUCUUAUCUAAUGAAUCCCUAGCGUAUCUACUAGAAUUAAAUUGAUUAUUUUAACAAGAAAAAUACUUAAUAAGAAUAUGAAACAUUCCUUUAAUCAAUGAAAUAGAAGACCACUCCUUAAUAUAAAAACAAAAAUCCUUGUGGAUAUAAAGAAUUGGCAUGGAUUUGA